UUUAAUUGAAUUUGUAAGGAUUAUAUUUAUUGAAAAUUUUCUAGUUUUAAUAUUCCAAUUUGAGUGUACCUCCGAAUGUUUAUGGUAUAUGCCAAAAAAAUACUUUAUAUUUUGAAAUGAUUUAUUUAUUUAUUUAUUUAUUUUUAGGCUAAUUAAUAAUUAAUAUGGUAUUAUAAUCUUUUAUUAAAAAAAAUUAUAUUCUAUUAUUUAUACCUACUUUAAUUGUACAUUUGGUUGUAAAGUUUUAGAGUGUUUUUAAAAGUAUUUAUAUCUAAAGUGUUUUUAAAAUUUUUUAAGUGUUUCAUAAAAUUUAUCAAACACUUAAGUUUUUUUAAAAAAUAUUUUUUAGGUUAAAAAUGUUUUUUAAAAUUAUUGUCAAACAGAAUCUUAAUUUCUUAAAAUACGAUAUCAAUAAAUAAUUAUUUAUUUAUUUUCUUAUAACUAGAUCCAACUUGUGUAAAAUAUUCCUUAACCAAUUAUUUAUUUAUUUUUGUCUAUCCACUUUUUCUAUUUUGUCAUAUUAAAUAAAAUUUCAUUGAAUUCAAGCCCAUCCUCUCCUUGAAAAGAAUGAUAAAGGAAGAUCAGAAAAAAAAGAAAAUAUCAAUAACAAAUUUAUAACCCCUUUUCACAAAUAUUUGGGCCCAAUUGUAUCUAACACAGAUUCAAGCCCAUAAUUCUAAACAGUUACUGGGCCCAUUAGAUUGGAUGAGCCCAUAUAUAUAUGAUGCAAUAAAAAUAGUAUUUUCUCAUAUUUAACAAGGUAAUAUAAAUAAUAAUGCAAAGGACAUUUUCUAUACAUUGUAAGUCCCAUUGAAAACUCCUAGCAUUGGAUUCCAUUCCAUGCAAUCAUCUAACACCCAUAUCUUAUCAGUACUCUUUAAGAAAUAUUUGUUCAAAAUGAUAUAUUUGGAUCAAAAUAUAAUAAAGACCGAGAAGAUUAACUCGAGAACAAGAGCAUCAUUAUAUAAUUUAAAUCUAACCAUUAAUCAAGAAGUGGUGGGAACGUCGGAAACCUAUGAAUAUAGAAGAUUUUAUUAAAAACAAAUCCUAAUGAUUCAAUGAAUGAGAUGACGGAAUUUUAUAAUUUUACAAUGUCUACCCUCUAAAAAAAUAUAUGCAUUAAAAGCAUUAUCUAUCCUUUAAAAGAAUGUAUACAUAAAAAGCAAUGAAAUGGGAAAGGAAAAAUAGAAAAAAUUAAAAUGAAAGCCUUGAAAAAGUGGAGGUUACGUUCUGAAUUUGGAAUUAUUUUAAUAUUUUUUAACCAAAUAUUCCUGGAGAAAAUAAAUUAGUUUGCAGAGGACUGCUACGUUAGCUCUCCUCCUUGGACUCCUUUAUAAGUUAUAGAACAGCUCCUUAACAUAGACCCAACGUUAUGGGAUCAUCACCACGAGUUGCCCUGUUUGGGAACUAGAAUCUGGUGAACCCUGUACGAAUACCGAUUAACAAACCCUAGUUUCCUAGUGUUUGGAUACACGUAAAGGUAAUCAUUGUUACCAUUCGCGAGCACCCGAGCUAAACUCAACGGAUUCCCAAGCCCCCACUCCCCUGCGUCGGUCCAUCAACUGCACGCUUUCUCACCUUCUCCUGCUUCUGCGCUUAACUCGCUUUGACAGUGGAAGAAAAUUGGAUUUUGAAUUUUGGGUAUUUCAUAUGAUGGGUGCUGAGAGAACUUGAAGUUGAGCUAACUGGGUCUGGUGCAAGUAUUUGGCUUAGAAUGGAAGAUGAAGAAUGCAAUUUGCUAAUAGAACCAAGGCAGAGGAUUGUGCAGGAAUUUUCAGAUUUUAUGACAAGGGUUGCAGAGUUUGAGGAGUUGGCGGCUGUGGGAAGUAGGCUACUUAUUGGCUUUCAGCAAGGGCUGGAGUUUCUUCGACGUCCUCCAAUAAACAAGACAUCAGAAUUGGUUGAGAAAAUCAUUAAAUCCAAUGAAACUAAAAGGGUUAAAUCAUAUGUUGAAGCUGGAUGUAUCAACUCUCAUGACGGAACACAAAACAUAAGCAAGUUACAUACAUGCCAACUUGGACUGCAGGACCAUUUAAGUAAAGCCAAAUGCAUACUCAGUGAAAUAGAAAGCUUGAUAGAUGAUGUAGUUGGAGGAAUGCAAACUACAAAUGAAAAUCUAUCAGACUUGCAGGAUAGGUAUUUUGACAAGUGGGAUCAACAAGAACCUGCUUAUGACAAGGGAGAAAUAGCAUCAACUCAUGCUUCUCAUCUUAAAAAACAUGAAGCAACUGAUUAUGCUGCCAUGAUGGGUAUAAUUUUCAGUAUGGUGAAGCAAGAUUAUGUAAUGCAGGAAAGGAUUGUUUCUUCUCUGAAUCUUAAAUCAUCAACAGGUGAAUUGGAGAGCUAUUGCCUGAUAUGGUCUUUGCGCCCUUUCAUAAACGAUGAAAUCAUGCACCAAGCCUGGAAGCUUCUUCCCUGAUUGUCACAAGUUUUUAUUCAAUUGUUAACAUAUCUUUAACAGUUAAAGUUUUAGUUUAUGAAUAGUUAUUUAUAUUAAAUUAGUAACUAAUAAUUUAUUUUAUAACUUUAAAAUAUAUAACUUUUGAAAUUUUAUUUUAAAA